ACGCGCCUCGCGCCGGCGACCACCACCACCCAAGAACACGCGCCUCGCCGCCGCUGCUAACCGGCCGAUACCUUCCUUCCUCCCUCCCUCCCUUCCUCGGCCUGCAAUUCCCGCGCGCCAGUUCCGCCUCCCCUUCGUUCGGCCCAGCCCUCGUGCCUGCCCCAGCAACAGCGAUCCAUCCAUGGAGUCGUGCCAAUUAGUACGGGCAGAGGAGGCCUCUGGUAGCGGCAGGAUGGAGGCGGAGGAGGAGGCCUUCUUCGACACGUGCCAGGAACUGCUGCCGUGGCCGGCGCCCAGCCCGGCUCCGGCAUUGCCGUGGUCAUCGGGCGGCCUCGACAGCGUGCGAGACAGGAAGGAGCGCUUCUUCAGAAGCAUGGGCCUCGAGUGUGGCCCGAGCCCCAGGCAGGCGGAUCCCGUGACUGCCGCGGGCGAGGUGGAGAAGAAGCACGAGGAGGAGGCCGUGCCGGAGUCUGGGAGGUUGUCGUCGCACUCGGAGGACAACGACUGCUCCAUGUCGAGUUGGUCCACGGAGGAGACAACCAGCUACGACGAGGGCGGCGCGUCCGACGACAAUUCCGUCGGUGGAUCCAGCAAGGAUGAUGGCAGCAAGGUCAGCCGGAGCUCCAGUUCGUUCUCGUUUAUCCGGAGGCUUAUGAGCCGAAAUGGCAAGCCUUCCGGUGCUCCGAGGACAGUUGAGAGGAGGAGAAGCGGAUGGCUGGAGAGGCUGGGCGUGGCGGUCUGUGCUGUGGAUCAUGGGGCGGAUGAACCUAGCACCAGCUCCUCUGACAGCGAGCAGAUUCAUGGUGGAAGGUAUGAGAGAGUUAAGGUCCGAUCCUACCGGAAGCGGUCCAAGGAAUUGUCUGCUGUGUACCAAGGCCAGGUGAUCAAGGCUCACGAAGGUGCCAUCUUGACGAUGAAGUUCAGUCCUGAUGGGCAGUUCCUCGCAAGCGGCGGCGAAGACGGAGUGGUCCGGAUUUGGGGUGUUUCGCAGUCCGAUGAAUGCAAAAUUCCUCUGGAUGACCCCUCUUGUGUCUACCUCAAAGCACGACGCAAGUAUGGGUUAGCGCCCGUGAGCAUCGACAAUGAGAAGCUGCGCAAAUCCAAGAGCAUGGGUAUGAAGAAAACUGGAGAGUCUGCCUGCAUCGUGAUUCCAACAAUGGUUUUCCAGAUUUCAGAGGAGCCAUUGCAUGAGUUCUAUGGGCAUUCUGCUGAUGUAUUGGAUCUGUCCUGGUCAAACAACAAGCAUCUGUUGUCAGCUUCAACAGACAAAACUGUCCGCCUGUGGGAAAUUGGAUGUGCAAACUGCAUCAGAGUUUUCCCGCAUAACAAUUUUGUGACUUGUGUCCAUUUUAAUCCGACGGACGACAAUUGCUUCAUCACGGGAUCCAUUGACGGCAAAGUUCGUGUAUGGGACAUAACUAAAUGCAGCGUUGUGGACUGGGCAGAUGUUAGAGACAUAGUUACAGCGGUCUGUUACCGACCUGAUGGAAAGGGUGUAGUGGUUGGAACGAUUACUGGAAAUUGUCGCUUUUAUGACGCAUCGGACGACCUGCUGCGGUUGGAAACACAGAUCGCACUCAGUGGCAAAAAAUCCUCUUUGAAGAGAAUCACAAGUUUUCAGUUCUGUCCAAACAACCCAAGUAAACUGAUGGUAACAUCUGCUGACUCCAAGAUCAGAAUGCUGGAUGGAACCAAUGUGAUUCAGAAUUACAGUGGACUCCGAAGUGGUUCAUGCCAGAUGUCAGCAUCGUUCACACCAGACGGGGAGCACAUAGUUUCUGCUAGUGAAGACUCUAACAUCUAUGUCUGGAACCGUGACAACCAAGACGACUCUGUAUGGCGACAAGCGAAAACCACAUAUUCCUCAGAGCGCUUCCUAUCCAACGAUGCAGCCAUUGCGAUACCAUGGCAUGGCACAAAACCAAGAAGCCAUGUUUCUUUGGCCUCUCACAUCCAAUUCAAGUACAAUUCGAGCAACAGUUUUCCGUCAAGAUCCGCUGCUCCUGGCAUUUUCAACCUCAACCAGGAGUUGUUCGCCGAGCCCUCAUGCAAAGGGGCGGCGGCGGCGACUUGGCCAGAGGAAAUGCUACCGUCCGGCUCGAUCGGCGCAAGUUUGGACGAGUCGCGGUACAAGCUUCUGAGGAACUGCUCCCAGAGCACCACGAACUCCUGGGGCCGGGUGAUCGUGACCGCAGGAUGGGAUGGCAGGAUCAGGUCGUUCCAGAAUUACGGCCUGCCGGUGCAUCAGUGACCGGUUCAUCCAGAGCGCUUGGUGAAGGCAAGUAAACGGGCAGCAUUGGCGCCUCUCACAUGGCCGGCCAUGAAGAAAAGCACCCGUGCAGCACCCAGCUAUGGCGCUGGACCAGCGCGUGUGUGCGGUUUCUUGGUACAAGACAUCACAUGCCCGGCGCUCCUGCUGCUGAAUCGCGCAUGGACCAGGACCAGUGCGUGCUUGUACACAUAAUCAACAGGGUGGUCCUUCGAGAUCUCUUCAUCAGCGGUUGUUGUUGUUGUUCGUGGCAGGCCCUGUAGCUAUUAGCUCGCUAGCUUUGUACCACCCCUUUUUUUGUAGAGAUCUUUCAGUCUAGAUCAGAUUUGUUCUUUGCCCUUUUUAUCUCGAUUGCUCCAUUGAUUGAUGUGUCGCGGAAGUGUUAGCACAAGUUGAGUGUAAAUUCUCCUCCUCCCCCUGAAUUUGGGGAAUUUGUGGGAGGGAGCCUGACGGAACUGUCGGAUACAUGUGUUUCGUCCGGUCCGAGUAUACGAAAAAUUCCUUCAUUUGUUCA